AACGGCGACACCUUUUCACAUCUUUCUUGAUUUCCGAAUAUUGUCACUUGUCAUCGUAGCAAGUGAUAGUUGCUUAUAUAGCGCAGUACAAAAGAUAGCAUUUCCAUGAUGACCAUCGACGACGAAGAAACGUUUGUUACCCACAACGAGUUCAGAUCCGACACGUUCACGGUUCCCACCCGGGCCAUGGUCGAAGCCAGUUUCGCCAACAGCACCUACGGAGACUCCGUUUACAAGGAAGACGCUGUCACUUUGACUUUGGAAGAGAAGAUGUGUACCUUGACCGGAAAGCCGGCUGCUCUCUUCUGUGUCAGCGGAACCAUGUCCAACCAGAUCGGUUUGAGAGCCAACUUGGUUCAACCUCCUUAUAGCGUCUUGUGUGACCACCGUGCCCAUGUCUUCUUGCACGAGGCAGCUGGUUUGGCUAUGUUGUCACAGGCAAUGGUUCAUCCUGUGACUCCCAGCAACGGAAACUACUUGACAUUUGAAGACGUAGUAGAGAACGUCACUUUCGACGAUGGUGAUAUCCAUGCGGCUCCUACCAAGGUGAUUUCGCUUGAAAACACCUUACAUGGGAUCAUCAUGCCCAUUGAAGAGAUUCGCAAGAUUUCUCAAUUUUGUAGAGAAAAUGACAUCAAGUUGCAUUUGGACGGGGCCAGAUUGUGGAAUGCCUCAGCAGCCACUGGAAUUUCUAUCGAAGAGUACUGCUCUUAUUUCGACAGUGUCUCCUUAUGUUUGUCCAAGUCGUUGGGUGCACCCAUUGGUUCAAUUCUUGUAGGAGAACAGAAGUUCAUUGACAAGGCCAACCAUUUCAAGAAACAAUGUGGUGGUGGUAUAAGGCAGGCUGGUAUCGUGACAUCAAUGGCUAUAAAUGCCAUUGAGCAGAACUUCCCCAAGUUGGUGAAGUCCCACCAGUACGCCAAGCAGGUCGGAGACUUCUGCGACCAACACGGCAUUGCAUUAGAAAGUCCAGUGGACACCAAUUUUGUCUUCUUGGACUUAAAGGCUAACCACAUGGACGACAGGCUCUUGAUUGAGUUGGGUAAGAAGAACAACAUCAAGUUGAUGGGAGGAAGAAUCGCAUUUCACUUCCAGUUGAGCCAGCAGAGUGUGGACGCUGUCAAGAGGGUGAUCUUGGAGUGCUACCAGUACAACCAGAAGAAUCCCUACAAAUAUAACAUCAAAAAUAACAAGAAGAUGUACAACUAUGAUUCGAUCAAGGCAUGAUUUAUGAAGCACUACUAAUAGCAAGAAACUAUAUAUACGCUAUAUACUAAUUUUAAUGCAAACUAAUAGAUAAG